AGAGCGAAAGCCAGAUUCACAAGCGCACAGACUUCCAAUUUCCAAGUGUGAUUUUGGUGCGCUUGUGAUUCCAGCACCGGUCGGAGAGGCGGAGUCAAGGCGGGGGAAUCAUUGAAUUUGAGUACUUUCUGGUCUGCACCGCGAGGGCCGGGCCAGUCAGGCCCGGAUCCGCGCCCGCCAUGGCCGACAAGAUGGACAUGUCUUUGGACGACAUCAUUAAGCUGAACCGUAACCAGCGCCGGGUGAAUCGAGGCGGCGGGCCUAGGAGGAACCGGCCCGCCAUCGCCCGCGGCGGCAGGAACCGGCCGGCACCGUACAGUAGACCGAAACCACUUCCGGACAAGUGGCAGCACGACCUAUUCGACAGCGGCUGCGGGGGUGGGGAAGGCGUGGAGACCGGUGCCAAGCUGCUCGUGUCAAACCUGGACUUCGGGGUGUCAGAUGCUGACAUUCAGGAACUCUUUGCUGAAUUUGGAACGUUGAAAAAAGCCGCUGUGGACUACGAUCGCUCUGGACGAAGUUUAGGGACGGCGGAUGUACACUUUGAACGGAGGGCAGAUGCCCUGAAGGCUAUGAAGCAGUACAAGGGCGUCCCUUUGGAUGGCCGCCCUAUGGACAUCCAGCUUGUCACGUCACAGAUCGAUCCACAGCGAAGACCUGCACAAAGCGGAAACAGAGGCGGCAUGACAAGGAGCCGUGGCUCUGGAGGCUUUGGUGGCCGCGGCAGCCAGGGAAGGGGUAGAGGCACUGGCAGGAACUCAAAGCAGCAGCAGCUUUCUGCAGAGGAGUUGGACGCACAGCUGGAUGCUUACAAUGCAAGGAGGGACACCAGCUAAACAACCGAACAAAUCCGCACAAGAACCGGGACCCAGACGCCUCGUCUGUGAUGCCUUAGAGGGAGGGUAGGCAACUGGACUGUGCAGACAAUGGUGAAUUUGGUUUUUUGUUUCUUUUUACUUCCUGUUUUAAAAUAGGAUCUAAAAACUCAUGUAAAGUUUUUUUUUUUUUUUUUUUUUAAAUUCUGAAACAGACCUGUUUUGUACUGAGUUAUUUUUUGGGAUAAGUUUUCCUGGGUGCUGUUGUGGAGAAGGUGGCAUUUUCACCUUUGUCAUAAUAAAAUAGAAAUGUGUGUAGAACUGGAAAAAUUAAAAAAGAAAAAGAAAAAUUACAAAUUACAAUAUGACUUUUAUGGACAGAACACAUGACUGACUAGCAUGCAUGAAGAAGUGGGUUUCAUUCUCAGCUCCAUCAUGUAAGAAUAAAACAAGAAUUG